ACCACUUUAAAUCUGGGAGUUUUUGGAGAAAUGAAAGUGAAAGUGUUUCGUUUUCCUCCAUAUAAAGCACAGUGAAUCAUCAUCUGGGUAAUUCUGGAGAAGCUAGUCUGGUGCUCGGUCCUGUUAUUGUUGAAGUGAGUCGUGAUGGCCUCCUCUGAGUCCGAUAAAGUUCAGGAGCGUCUCAUUGAAGACUUCACCCCGAGGCUGAGAGAGUACAUCCAAGUGGAACCGGUCCUCCGCUACAUAGACUUUAUCGACAACGAAGAGAAGGAGCUGAUCAGGCAAAAAGCGAGAACCGAGGGUAACCUCCGGGCUGCAGACCUACUUAUUCGUUCGGUGGUGAAGGAGCCUCAUCCUCUCGGCUGGUUCACAGCUUUCGUGGAUGCUCUGAAGCAGGCGGGCAUGCAGCAUGCAGCAGACUACAUGCAGCUGAACCUGCCCAGUCCUGAGGUGGAGGCCGAGAAUGACAGCAGGGUCAGGCUCGUCCGGCUACUGUCCCCCAGCCUGUUGGAUAUGAAGACUGAUCAAGUGUGUGCGCACUGCGUCUCUGAAGGCCUGCUCACUGCUGACGACGAUGAGAAUAUUAGAGCUGAAAUAGACACCAAUGGACUCAGAAGUGGAGCCAGUGAACUCCUAAGAAGAAUCGUGAGAGGCCAACCCUCUUGGUAUUCUACGUUUCUCAAAAUUCUACGUGAUACUGAACACAAGUAUAUGCUGUAUGAGCUGACUGGAGGCUCACCUGGCUGCGAGGAACAAGAUGAAAAACAGUGUUCAAUGAAAGAUGAACCUAUGGCUGAUGAAGGUGAAAGCCACAACAGUCCAGAGUUUAUGGACAUCUGUGUCAACGACGAGCUUCAGGAUGCAGAUCUGUACGCCAGCGGUGAGCUGCCAAACAGCCCGGAGCCCUCACAGCCAGAUGGAAGUGACUUAGUAGCAGAAGCCAAAAGCCCAGAAAAAGCUGAUAUUGUUCUUCGAGACUAUCAGAUGGACGUUGCGAGACCUGCCUUGGAGGGGAAAAACAUCAUCAUAUGCCUCCCGACAGGAAGCGGUAAAACCAGAGUCGCAGUUUAUAUUACCAAAAAACAUCUGGACGGCAGGAAGGCAGAGGGGAGACCGAGGAAAGUGGUCGUCCUAGUGAACAAGAUUCCCCUUGUCGAGCAGCAUUACUCAUCAGAGUUCUUGCCCUUUCUGAAACACACAUAUAAAGUGGAGAGAGUCAGCGGAGACUCCCAGCUCAAAAUCUCUUUCAAAGAGAUCGUGGAAAAAAAUGACAUCAUCAUUUGCACAGCCCAGAUUCUGGAAAACUACUUGGAGAGAUCUAAUACCGGAGAGGAUGAAGGAAUCAAGUUAAGAGAUCUCACGCUGAUCGUGAUAGAUGAGUGUCACCACACUCAGAAAGGGGAAGUGUACAACCACAUAAUGAUGCGAUACCUGAAGCAGAAGCACAAGAACAUAAGGCUGAAAAAGGAGCAGAAGAAAACUGUGCCCCUCCCUCAGAUCCUGGGCCUGACUGCCUCACCAGGGGUUGGGAAAGCCACAAAAAUGAAGCAAGCUGAGGAGCAUAUACUUCGCAUUUGUGCAAACUUGGAUGCCUCCAAAAUCAUGACAACGAGCCUUAGAGAGUUCAAAAAGGAACCAAGGAAAACAAUAGUAAAUGUGGAAGACAGAAAAGAGGAUCCCUUUGGUGAUGUUAUAAAGAAAAUCAUGCUUGCGAUUCAUGCCCAUGCCGGGCUGAGCCCGACCUGUGACCUUGGCUCUCAGAAUUAUGAACAGUGGGUUGGUCAAAACGAACGAAAAGCUGCAAAAGAUGAAGAUCAGAAAGUGCGUGUUUGCACAGUGCAUCUUCUACUUUACAACGAGGGCCUGAAUCUCAGCAACACCAUCCGCAUGAGUGAUGCCCUGAGUUUCCUGAAGAAAGAACAAGAGGAGGAAAUCAAGAAAAAAGCAACCCCAGAUGGGGACCACAAAAUACAAAUCACAGAUACUGAGAGAUUCCUCUUCAAUUUGUUUAAAGAGAACAAGGCAGAGCUGGAGACGCUUGCAAAGAAUCCUGAAUAUGAAAAUGACAGCCUGUCAAAACUCCGCACUACCAUUCUGCAUGAGUUCAGCAGCAGGGAGGAGGCCAGAGGGAUCAUUUUCACCAGAACACGCCGCAGUGCCAUCGCUUUGAGUCAGUGGAUUCAGGAGAACCCCAAGUUUGAAGACAUCGGCGUGAAACCUGCAUUUGUCAUUGGAGGAGGAGACCAGAGCAACGUUAAACCGAUGACCGCUGCAGAGCAAAAGGACGUGUUGAAAAAGUUCCACAGCGGUGAUGUCAACGUGCUGAUUGCUACCACAGUGGCAGAGGAAGGUUUGGACAUACCAGCCUGCAACUUUGUUAUCAGAUACGGCCUCUCAACCAAUGAGAUCGCCAUGAUUCAGGCUCAAGGCCGAGGAAGAGCUGAGGACAGCAGCUACACUGUGGUCGAUGUGAAGAACUCCGGGGUGGCUGAAAAGGAGUGUGUCAAUGAGUACCGUGAGAACAUGAUGAACAAAGCCAUUGCCAAAAUCAAAAAUUUAAAUCAAGCAGAGUAUGACAAGCGGAUCACUGAGCUUCAGUUGCAGGCUAUAUUGGAGAAGAAAGUGAGAGUAGAAAAGCAGAAACAGAAGGUCAUUAAGAAUGCGAACCCGUCUGAUGUGACGUUCAGCUGUCGACACUGCAGCAAACACGUCUGCACCGGCGAAGACAUCCAGAUCAUCGAAAGCAUGCACAGAGUCAAUGUCACAUCACAGUUCUGUGAACUUUUUAUUCAGAGAGAAAACCCUACCCUUCAAGAACGCCUUCUGGAUUAUGAGACCAACUCUUCCAUCGCAUGCAAACAGUGUGGACAGACCUGGGGAUCGAUGAUGGUGUACCGUGGGAUCGAUUGCCCCUGCCUUGACGUGAAAAACUUUGUGGUGAGGAUCGGUGAAGAGAAGAUAAGCAAAUGCAACAAGUGGAGUGAACUCCCCGUCAGGUUUUCUACCUUCGACUACACCGAGCACGCGAGACAGAUGGCAGAGAGCUCAGACGAGGAAGAAAUGGAUUAAACUUCCACUCUGCAGAGUCGAAAAUGAUGCAGAAAACACUGUCGUAUUUACUUACCUACACUGGGAAAUGCAAUUCUUCCUUUCAAUGCUACACUGUUAGGAUAACUGGAGACAUCAGUGGUGAUGGAUUUAAGUAUGUGUUGCUACUGUCAAUGGUGUCAUUAAGUAUUAUAACUGUGAAUGGGCUAUGAUAAUAUAUAGUUAUGUUACGGUUAAAUAUGCAAGUUUGUCAAAGUAUAUAUGAAUUUGCUCUGAGCUUGUGUAUGGCAUAUUACAAUAUGUUGGAUUUAUGGUUUAGAUAUAAUGAACUGUCAGAACUGCUAAUAAGAAAAUAUAUAUUUCCAUCUGAAAUCCCUGUUGUGUCUUGAGAUGGGAGCCACUGAGCCUGUGAUCGCCCACAGAGCCCACCUGUCAACACACAUGCACACAAACAGGUGCUGUUGAUUUUCCAUAAAAUUCAGCUGUUAGUGAGUCAUGAGCCAGUCAGCAAGUGCUAUUUUCAGACGCAUUUUUCUAAGCUUUGUUUCUUCACACUGUUACACACAGAUUACCUGCGAUUUUCUGAGACACACCCAAGUAUGCCAUGGAAGAAUGAAUAAAGUUUCUGGCUCUUAA